CUGUUUGGAUAGGAGCAUUUCAUUUGAAAUGCUGAAUUUGAACCAAAUACCUUGUUUGGAUAAAUAAAAUAUUUGAAUUUGGAUUUGGCCCAAAUCUCAGCUAAUUAAAAUACAAGCCCAGUAUAGCAUUUGGAAAUAACUUUUUAUCUGGUGUCAUUUGAAAUAACAGAAAGCCCAUAGAAACCUCUCGAAAUCUCUCUCUCUCGCGAGUCUCUCUGCUCUCGCUGCUGGACUCUCGCUGCUGGGACUCUCGCGUCUCUCUGCUGGGACUCUCGCAUCUCUCUCGCGUGCUCUCGCUCUCCUCCUCCCUCUCGAUCCCCCAUCGCUCUCCUCGUCCAUUCUCGCUCUGAUUACUCUAAUGAGUUCAAGGGGUAAUUCAGCUCAUUCAUCUCAUGGAAAUUUAAAUGUCUCGAAUGUUUCACAAAAGCGUUCAAGGGAGGAUGAGGAAAUGGAGUUUGUAAUGUUAGUUAUAGGUUUCAUUCACGUAGUAGUGGCAGCUUGUUACGGUAAGAAUCAUAGGUCGAAGGGGUUGACUUGGAAUAAUUAUGAUCGCUCUCAAAUUAGAGCUACUUGGAUGAAUACAUUAAAGAUUGAUAGAAUUUGUCGUGAACAAUUGCGUCUUGAUAUACGACGGUUCGAGAAGUUAUGUCAUCUUUUGGAAACUAAAGGCGGAUUAGUAACUACGAAACAUGUCACUGUGAAAGAAGUUGUCGCAUUGUUUCUUCACACUCUAGCACAUGAUUUGAAAAAUAGAACUAUACAAGCUGUGUUUGCACGUUCUGGAGAGACAGUGAGUCGACAAUUUCAUAUAGUACUUGGAUCAGUACUCAAGUUGGGGAAGGAUUACAUAAGAAAAGUAGACCAUGCCACUAGUUAUGUCCAUGAUAACCAAUGGAAGUGGUUUGAGGUAAUAUAAAAGCAAAUUCAAAUUCAAUUGCUAAUUAUGUAGUUAAAAUCAUAAGAAAUAUAUUAUGUAUGUAAUUAUUUCACCUGUAAGCCUGAUAAGGUUGAUAGUGUCUCAGCAUUUCACUAGUGAACCUACUUGGAUUGCUUACUGCUUUUUUAUGAAUUGGAUACCUGAUACAAGGCCUAUUUAAUGUUGCUCACGACAUAGUCUGAGCAUUUUGAGAAGCUUAACACCAAUAAGCUGACUGUAUUGUAUCUUUUUGUUUAAUUAUAUAUCUCUGCAGUCUGCACUGGUUUCAUAGUCAGUCGCAUCGUGAACUCUUGUUUUAAGGUAUAUUCGGCUUUAAUGGAUUUGCUCUUGCAGGUAUACAAUUGAUGAUAAAUGAACUCUUGUUACAUAUAUCAAGAGUUUGCACUGCAGAGAUAUCUCACGAAUCUUAUUUAUGUCUGUCCAGAUAGUUAUGCUUUGCUAUUUAAUUUGUGAAAAUCAGAGGCCAUGAAUGUUAACAAGUACUAGACUACUUUGUGAAGAAAUUUCUUUUUGUAUCUUUCUGAAAUAAAUGUGAUGAUACUGUAUGUUUAUGCUUUGCAAUUUUUGUUAAUUCUUGGAUCCCUGAGAUGUCUCUGCUUUUCUU